AUGUUUCUUGGUCUAUUGUGUAUUACAUAUUCUGUUUUAGCAAAUUAACCAAUACAGAUUGGGGAGACUAUUAACAAGUAAUUUGAUUAAAAAUAUGUUAUUUUAGUGCUAUAAUGCCAUGGCAUGGAAAUGCUAAAUAUGAAUUAUAUUAGUUUGAGUUGAAGGAGGUGAAAUAGGAUUCAGAUUUGGUGGUUGUUGUAAAAUAAUAAUCUGCUUUGGGAAAUCCAGAUAUUUAUAUAUCAACAAAAGUAACAGAGCCUAAUGAGAAUACAGCUGAGUAAAUAUGUGACUCAAUUGGCAUGGGUAUAAUAUUUUGUGAUUGAUAGAUAUUUGUGUGAUUGAAAAACCUUAAAAAGGUCCAUAUUAUUUAGCAGUGUAUUGUGAUGGAUAUUGUAGAUAUUCUUUGAAAGUAGUUUAUCAAUCAGAAUUAUUGAUGACGAAUUGUAAAUAUCCUAAUCUUCAUUAUUUUAGCUGAUGACUUAGAAUUCAAAUAUGAUAAGACUACAUGGACUGAUGUUAUCAGAAUUGAAACAAAGAACUUGACUUGGGAAGAAACUCAGUUAAAACCAACUUUAGAGAUUUAAGUAAGAGUGAAAAAUAUGGAAAUAUUAUAAGAAUCCUUUAAAUCAUAUUUAAAUAUAGGUGAAACAAAGCCAACACCAUAACAUUCUGAUUUUAUUGGAUAAGAUACAUUUUCAGGCAUGCAAAAGUUCAAGAUUCAUAAUUUAGAAGCAAACAGCAAAUUCACAUUACUUGUAGAAGGUUAAGAAGGAGCUAUAAUUUAAGUUCAAACAAGAACUUAUCUAACUAUUCGUUAUUUACAAUUAGGAGAUAGAGUUGAAGAUAUAGUGGCUGAGGAUGAUUAUUAAUUUUAUUGCAUUGAUCUUUCAUAAGAUUAUGAAUCCAUAUAACUUGGUCAAACUGUCUUAAAUAUUUAAUUACUUCCUUAUAAAGGCUAUACUGAAAUGUAUGUUAAUUUAGAUUUUCAACCACCAUUCUUAGAUUAAUAUUAUUGGUAAUUAAAGGACAGGAUUACUGAUGAUCUUGUAAUUUCUAAAGCAGAUUUAGAUAAAUUAAAAGCAAAAGGAAAUUAUGUAUUUGUUGCAGUAAGAGGAAAGGAAUCUAAUGCAACAUAUGAAUUGAAAUCUUAAAUGAUAGAUCCUAAUUUCAUGCUUCUAGAACUCAAUAAACCUACAACUGCUAAAUUAUCAAAGAAUAGUUAAAUAGCAUAUAAAUUUUAUAUAAGAUAUACUGAAAAAUAAUCUGUUAGUGUGAGUUUAAAGAAUAUAUAAGGAGAUGCUGAUAUUAUUGUAAAAUAAUGUGAGAAUUUAUGGAAUUGUAAUAUCUAAUAAGAUGAAAUUCUAAAUAAAGAAUAAAAAGUAGUCACUGAACCAGGAAAAUUAUUUUUAUAUUCAGAUAAGUAAUUAAUAAAUUUGAUAUUCAUAGUCCUGGUAAUGAUGUUAUUGUAUUUGAUAAUGAUCCAAAAAUUUGUUCAUAAUAUGAUAACACAUUUUAAUGUUAUUAUGAUGUUUUAAUAUAUCCUGGAUCAAAAAAUGAUGUUGAUGAAUUGAUUUAUUCAAUUCUUAUAACUACAAAAGGAGAAUCAAUAAUUUUGAGAGAAAAUACUCCAAUGAAGUAAUAUGUAGGAUUAGGAUUAAAUAAUUAUUAUAAAUUCAUAGUUGAAGAAUAAGAUGAAAUUAGAAGAUUGAUGAUUUAGGUUACACCCAUAUAAGGACAACCUAAAAUAUUUGCAUCUAAAACUAACAAGAAUCCUACUCAAAAUGAUUAAUAAGCUGUAUAAAAUGUUAUCACUUAUGGAUAAUUUGGUUAAUCAAAUGACUAAGAACCUAUACGUGGUACCUAUUAUAUAGCUGUAAAUGGUUAUACAGCAUGUCAAUAUAUUAUUACAGUUUAUGUAUUUAGAAAUAGAGGAGAUUGGAGAUAAAUAGGCAAAUAUCCUCAUUAAUAUAUAUUAUUAUUAGAUGGUUAUCCAUAAGAGAUUACAUCUUAAAAUAAUAGUGAUGUUUAGUUAUUUAAGAUUGAUUUGAGUGCUUAUUAUAAUCCUGAUUAAUAAAUUCAUUAUGGUGUUGAUGUUAAACUCAGAGUUAUUUAAGGAAGUUUUCUUAUGUAUGGAUUUGAUCAUCCUGAAGUUGAUAAAAAUAAAGCAUUCUUGACUGGCAGUGAUUUCUUAUCCAUUAAUCCAAGAAGCAAAAUCUAUCCUUAAUAUUUGUAUAUUAGAGUAGAACCAAAUCCAGUAAUAUCAACUAAUCAAUUAUCAUAUUAAAUCUAUUAUCGUAUUAACAAUCAACCAAUUGAAUUGAUUAUAGGUGAUAAUUAUAGAGGUUAUAUAUCUUAAGAUGAAACAUAAACAUUCUUACUUAAUUAUUUUACAAGAGAUGAAUUAGUGAUAACAAAGAAUGUUGAAUAUAUGGAUUAAUCUGUUUUAAAAGCAUAAAUUUAUUAUGGUAAUUUAGUACAAGAGAUGAAAGCUUCUAGUAUGUUAUUAAGAAGUGAAGACUUAAACUUUGAGAAAUGUAAAACAAAUGCUACUGAAAUUAUUAAAUGUUAAAUAACAAUUAUGGUAACUGCUACAGUAGAUACAUAUUUCUCAUUAUUAAUUACAAAAGAAGCCUCUAUUGUUUUCUUAUAUGAUGGUGAACCAGUUACUAAACCAUUAUAAAAUAAAGCAGAUCAUUAUUUAUUUUAUUUAACUGAUUAAGAAACAGAAAUAUCUGUAUUUUCAAUCUCAGGUGAACUCAAAAUAUUAUUAUAAAUCUUUAAUUCAUAACCUAAAUUAGAAUAAUUUCCAACUAAUAAUUUAGAUUCUAAAUUGUAAUCCUUAGAUGAUUCAAAUGAUAUUGGUAGUUCAAUCUUCAUAUCUGAUGAAUUUCUAGAGAUUAAUGAUUGUAAAUAGAAUGGAUGUUAUAUGGCUGUUACUUGUAUAAAAGAUCCAAAAUAUGAUCCAAAAGGAUAAUAUGUUAUAACUAGAUCAUCAAGUUAUACAAUCUUAUAUCCAUCUAUUAUCUAUUAUGGUGAGGCUGAAAAUUAAAAAAUUAAAUAUUUCAAAAUAUUCAAUGUAUCAUUAGCCUCUGGACUCAUGAUAGUAGUUUCUCCCUUAAGUUCAGGUAGCUUAAUAGUUUUAGCUAGUAGAAAUGAAAUGCCUACUUUAGAUACUCAUUAAUUCAGUUCUAAUACAAUGUUAGGAGAUUAAUUAAUUAUACCUCCAAAAGAAAAUACAUUAGAUGCAGUUAAUUAUUAGUAAAAUUAAUUAACUAUUAUUAUAGUGUUGGUGUUUAUGCAUUUGAUAAUGUAAAGUUUUCAAUUUAAAUAAAUAUUGGAAAUCUUCAUUUUUAUCAAAUCAAAAAAGGAAUACCUAUGAACUUUUUUGCAGAAUACAAUUCAGUUACCUAUCUUAAUUAUUAUCAUGCAUAAGAUUCUGAAUUUACUAUAUUAUUUAGUUCUAAUCUUGUUACAUAAUAUAAUAGAGCAAAUGUUCAUGUGUAUACCUAUAAAGAUAUGACUAUGUAAGCAGAUGCCAUUCUAAAAGUUAAAGAUGAGUAAUUUAUUUGAUUAUAUUUUAUAGACCUAUGUGGAAAAUGAUUGAUUUCUUUUUAACUAUUAAAAAGGAUAUAAAAUACUGUUCAUCUUGUUAUUAUUUAAUUAGCGUUGAAAAUUUCAAUGUAGACAAUGAUAUCUCAAUUACUAUUUCUUUAGAUAAUGAAUCAACUUAACUAUUAGAUAAUGUUGAAAUUACAAAUCAAAUCUCAUCUAAUUAACCUCACUAUUAUCACUAUGUAGUCGAAGAUGAUUUUUAUUUGAAUGCAACUCUCUAUGAUGGAGAUAUUAAAAUAUAUGGAGGAUUCUUCAAAACUUUAUAAGAUAUAGAUAAUCUCUUACUUACUUUAGAUGUUAAUGAAGGUCUUACUGAUAAAGAUGGCAAAGUAAUUGGAUACUCUUAUGCUGAAGGGUAAUUGCCUAAUAAAACUAUUGAAAUUAAUAAAGAUAAUUCUGGUGAACAUAAAUAUCUUUAUAGAUUCAAAAUCAUAUCAAAAUCUAAAGGUACUUAUAAGAUUGAAUGUAUUUAAAAAUAAUAAGCAAUUGAACUUAAACUUGGAGAACCUCAAAGUCAUUAAUUGAAUUCUACUCAUACUGUACCAUUCUAUUUUGUAAUUCCUGACAGAUCCUAUGAAAAUUCAAAUGAAGGAUUUUAUACAUUAGAUAUUGAAACUUAUGGUCAUUCAUAAUCAAGAAUAAGUGAGAAGACUUAACAUCCUAAUAUAAAAUUAACCUAAGAUCUCUAUAAUAAUCCAAAUUUCUUAAGUGAUUAUCACAAUUUAUAAGAUGUUCAAUUCAUUAGACACAAUCAAACAGAUUAAAUAAUGCAUUUUGAAUUUCCUAGUACUCCUGGACUAUAUUUCUUAUAAAUAAGUCCCAGAGAACCUUCAAAUUUACCAUAUACUGUUACCUUAGGUAAUGAUUUUUUGAAUGUUUUGGCACCAAAACUAUAAAGAUUUGCAUCUAAUAAGAUUGGAUAAUAAAGAUUUUGGGAAAUAAAUUUACAUUAACCUUCAAAAAUUCUUAUUCAAGCCUAAUUAUGUGGUGGAAUUAUAAGUGUAUAUGGAAGUGAAAAUCUUGAGAAUUUAUAAAGAGGAUCAUAUUCAUAAAAAAUGGAUUAUAAACAUAAUAAAUAAAUAAUUGGAACUAUACCUAUUUAAAAUGCAGGUCCUUAUUAUUUAAGUACUAAAGCUAUUAAGAGUAUUAUUCCUUAAAAAGAUUAUGUGGAUUAUAUUCUAAAAGUGAAUAUUCUUUAACCUAGUAGUGUAGUACCACAUGAACAUUUUGAACCUGGAGAUGGAGGUGAAUUUACAGCACAUUAUGAUGGCGAAAAUAUUAGUGUAUUUUUUAGUCCAAUUUAAGUAACAGAAUAAUCUAGUUCUGAGUAUAAAAUCUAGAGUUUCUCAUACAAUUUUAUUUACAAGUUAUAUAAUUAAACAGAUGAGGAAAUUCCAAUUUAUCAUUGUGAUUCAUCAAUAAGCUUUCCUUCAAUAUCAUUGAAUAAAGAACCUCAUUAAUAAAAAUAAGAAUUAAGUCAUUAAUUUUAUGUUGGUAAAAAUUUUGAGAAAAUAUCUUUAAGUAUUUUAGCUAAAGGUAAAUAUAUUAAUAAAUAAUUAUUUAGUCAGAAUAAAUACAAAUAAUUUUGAAGAAGUAAGACUUUAUUAUUAUUAUGAUACACUUACAAUGAAAGUGGAUAAUAUUAUAUUAAGAUCAAAUCCAAAAGUUUAUAGAAGAGGAAUAAUAUUUGGAAUUAUCACAGUUCUAUUAUUAGCAAUUUUAUAUUUAUUUAUAAGAAACAGACGAUUAAAAUAAAUGUAUUUAUAUUAUAUAUAAUUUAGAAUAAAAUUUGAAUCUUCUGAAUAAGGAAUUCAACAAUUAGUAAGAUAAGAGUAAUCAAUUGAAAUGAAUUAUGCAAACUUACGUUGA